AAGUAAAAACCCCUUCGCUAAACCGCUUCCUCUUCCCGCAGCCUCCGAGUUUGCUUAGGGUUUUCAACAUUUUCUCGGAAAAACCAAAGAGGAACCGAAAAUGGUGAAAUUUCUCAAGGCAAACAAAGCGGUGGUGCUCCUGCAGGGACGAUACGCUGGCAGGAAAGCCGUGAUCGUGAAAUCCUUCGAGGAAGGGACACGUGACAGGCCGUACGGGCACUGUUUGGUUGCGGGGAUAGCCAAGUACCCGAGCAAGGUGAUCAGAAAGGACUCGGCGAAGAAGACGGCGAAGAAGUCCCGGGUCAAGGCCUUCGUGAAGCUCGUGAACUACCAGCACGUGAUGCCGACGCGCUACAACCUGGACGUCGACCUGAAGGAGGUGCUCACGGUGGACGCGUUGCAGACACGCGACAAGAAGGUAGCGGCGAAGAAGGAGAUCAAGGCCCGGUUGGAGGACCGGUUCAAGAGUGGCAAGAACCGGUGGUUCUUUACCAAGCUUAGGUUCUGAGUCGUUUGGCUCCCUCUCUAUGUUUUUCCAAUUUUGGUUGUUAUGUGAUACUAGCAUAUAAUUUUGAGGAUUAUUAUUGCAAGUUUUGUUUUAAAUUUGUGCUUAA